AUGGAUUUGAUAGAGAACAACUUCAAGAACUCGGCCGAUAGGCUAGACAAGCCGUCGGAAUAUUUGAUCCGCAAAGCAAGGCACAACUAUGGCGAGCUCGAACGAGCAAUGACAUCGCGCACGGUGUACGUGGGGAAUCUAUCCCACUUCACCACCGAAGAACAAAUCCAUGAACUUUUCAUGAAGAGCGGGCCGAUAGAUAAGAUCAUCAUGGGUUUAGAUCGGAACAAGUUGACCCCGUGUGGUUUUUGUUUUGUGAUAUACCGGACGAAACAGGGGUCGUUGAACGCGAUGAAGUAUCUACAAGCGACGGUGUUGGAUGGCCAGAGUAUAACUAUUGAUUUGGACCCUGGGUUCCGGGAGGGAAGACAGUUUGGAAGAGGCAAGCACGGAGGACAAGCGGCGCAGGAAGCGGCUGCUGACGCGGCCAAUGGCAAUGGUGGCGGUCACCAUGGCGGUUUUGGUGGUCAUGGUGGUGGGUACCGGUCACGAGGUGGGUUCAGAGGCGGACACAGAGGCAACAGAGGUGGAUUCAGGGGCGGAUACAGGGGCCACAGAGGUGGACACCGUGGAGGAUUUAGGGGAGAAACUUCUGUGUAUGUGCCGUCAAAGGACCCUUCAUUCAAUUCCCAAGUUGGCUAA